AUGGCGGAAGUGAAGAACAAACAAGUGAUAUUCAAGAAUUAUGUGGAAGGCGUUCCCAAAGAGUCAGACAUGUACAUUAGCGAUACUGCUACUAUCAAGUUGAAAGUCCCUCACGAAGAAGAAGCUUCCCCUUCCGUCUUGGUCAAGAACCUCUACUUGUCCUGUGAUCCUGUGAUGCGCAUCCGUAUGAGGAAACCUGGAGACGAAACUUCUUCUUAUUUUACACCUUUUUCCCCUGGCUCUCCCUUGAGUGGCAAUGGAGUGGCUAAAGUUUUGGAUUCCCGGCAUCCAGACUUUAAGGAAGGUGACUUAGUCUGGGGCACAACCAAAUGGGAAGAUUUUAGCCUAAUCACCACGCCAGAAAGCUUCCAUAAGAUCCAACACGCUGAUGUACCCCUUUCCUACUAUACCGGCAUUCUUGGUAUGCCCGGCAUGACUGCCUAUGCAGGCUUCAACGAAGUUUGUUCUCCUAAGAAGGGAGAAUAUGUCUUCAUUUCAGCAGCAUCUGGUGCAGUUGGUCAGCUAGUUGGACAAUUUGCAAAAUUGUUGGGUUGUUAUGUUGUUGGAAGUGCUGGAAGUAAAGAAAAGGUUGAACUUCUGAAGAAUAAGCUUAAAUUUGAUGAAGCUUUCAAUUAUAAGGAAGAGCAUGACUUGAACGCAGCUUUGAAAAGGUACUUUCCAGAAGGCAUUGACAUAUACUUUGAGAAUGUUGGGGGAAAUUUGCUUGAUGCGGUGCUCCUUAACAUGAGAGUCCAUGGCCGGAUUGCAGUGUGUGGAAUGAUAUCACAGUACAAUCUUGAUCGACCGGAAGGUGUGACGAAUUUGAUGUGUCUGAUAUAUAAGCGGAUCCAUAUGCAAGGAUUUACAGUCCGUGAUUACUAUCACCUGUAUCCCAAGUACUUGGAGUAUAUUCUGCCUUGCAUAAGAGAGGGAAGAGUGGAAUAUUUAGAAGACAUUGCUGAAGGGCUUGAGAAUGGACCUGCAGCAUUGGUUGGACUUUUUAGUGGCCGCAACGUUGGAAAACAAGUGGUUUCAGUGUCCCAUUAA